GUUUGCAGUACCAAAUAACAGGCGAUGAUUACCGAGAUUGCGAUAGCGUGUCCAGGGGGAUUUAUCACAACCUGCCCCAGAGCAGACAGGCGCUUUAACUGGGACCAAUGGAGUGAGCAAGAACGGAGAGGGGGUGGACCCGGCGUGGGGAAUAGGCGAUUAAACAGAAGGAGCGCAAUUCAAAACGCACCUCGAAGCCUGAGAGAUACUCCGGAGAGACUCCAUUCCACAGCAAGAGAAGCGACAUCCGAGGGACCGGGACGGAAAGCGGCGGGGUGACGGAUCGUCCUUGCAGGAGAAUGACCGUGCUGAUAAUACGGAGCGUUUGCAGCGCGCAUUUUGCAAAUCUGGAGCACUAAAAUACAGACAUAAAGGAUUUCUUUUUAUUUUGUCGGUGCACGAAAGUCGGUAAUUUAUCUGCCCUGUUUGCUUUGCUUCUCUUCAACUCAUCGCUUGCAGAGUUGUAACGACUUUUCAUCGUUUACUCGUAUCUAAUAACAAUGCACUUUCAAUUAUUUCAGCAACGCAGAAGCGGAGCCUUUAACCGGAGGAUUACGCUUUCGCCUUUAUAGACCCUGUGGUGUAUUAAACGCAAUUUGAAGACUUGAGCAAAAAAAAAAAAACUUUCCAGCGGACCCUACCGUGUUCUCCUGUCCCGUUUACUCAAUCUAAAUAAUUGACAGCGGUGCUUAUGAGCGCAGCUUUCAGCUCGUCGCUAAUGAUGAUGCAGCGGCCACUGGGAAGCACCACUGCCUUCAGCAUCGACUCACUAAUCGGGGGUCCGUCCCAGCCCAGCCCGGGCCACUUCGUGUACACCGGCUAUCCGAUGUUCAUGCCGUACAGGUCCGUCGUUCUACCUCCGCCCCCUCCGCCGCCCCCUGCUCUGCCACAGUCGGCGUUGCAAACGGGUCUCCCUCCGUCACACCCUCACCACCAAAUUCCCAGUUUACCUAGCAGUUUCUGCACCAGCUUGGCCCAGGGCAUGGCACUGACCUCCACCCUGAUGGCCACCCUGCCGGGCAGUUUCCCCGCCUCCCCGCAGCACCAGGAAGCGGCCAGAAAGUUUGGCUCUCAGUCGCUCCAGGCUGUGUUCGACAAAACGCAGGAUAUUCGCUUGGAUGGAGAUGACGGGAAAACUUUCUUAAGCAAAGAGUCGGCGGUGCAUCCGUCUUUCCAAGCGGUAGAGACGACGCAGGCUUCUGUAGUCAGGACUCAGGGUAAGGAUGAUGGCAAGGACGAUGAAUGCAUCAGGAAAGAGGAGAGUUUCUCCAUGGAUAGUGACUUAGACUACAGUUCAGACGAAAACGUGGCCGGUAACCUAUUGGGUCAAAAGGAGGACGGCGACGCCAGCGGCGGCGUGGACGAAGGGGGUCACGGGCCCGGCGGCACCAGCGGAAGCACCACCUCCACAGGAAAGAACCGGCGGCGAAGAACUGCGUUUACAAGCGAGCAGCUCCUGGAACUGGAGAAGGAGUUUCACUGCAAAAAGUACCUGUCCCUGACGGAGCGCUCCCAGAUCGCACACGCCUUAAAGUUAAGCGAAGUCCAGGUCAAGAUCUGGUUUCAGAACCGGAGGGCCAAGUGGAAACGUGUUAAGGCCGGCAACGUCAGCUCCAAAACCGGGGAGCCCUCGAGGAAUCCCAAGAUAGUGGUGCCCAUCCCUGUGCACGUCAGCCGAUUUGCAAUAAGAAGUCAGCACCAGCAGCUAGAGCAAGCGAGACCCUGAAUAUGUGUCUGUGAGACAUUCAAAGGACCAAAUGGAAUUGCAAAAAGAAUAAUAAUAACAAUUAAAAUUAAAAAGAGCGAGGAAUACAUAAUUAAUUUAGAAGACGAAACAUAUUGUAAAAAGUAUAAUAAUGGGUAAAGCUGCUAAUAUACGUAUCAAUUGGGAAAUAAA